UAUGGCCAAUCUAAUCAACUGGCCUUCUCCUUCUUAUCCCUUCAACUGACCAAAUCUCUCCCUCCACCAUCUCUUCCUCCCCCAUUCUUUCUCGCCGUUCUUAUUAAAUUCAUCAAUAGUAUAGACCUGUUCUAUUAAUGGCGAGGGCAGGAAGAUCAAAAGCGGCAAGCAAGAUGAGCUACUUUGCAAAGGCGGGCACUUUCUCGGUCUCCAACCCUCCCCACAGUCCCGGCAGGCGGUCAGAUCGGGGAUUCUCCGGCCCGAUCGUCUCAAUUUUCCCCAAAGAUGAGCAGCACAAGAAGAGGAGCAAUAGUGGAGGCGGAGCUGAGCCCACGUCUCCAAAGAUCUCUUGCAUGGGUCAAAUCAAGGACAAGACGAAGAAGAAGAAGAAGAAUAAGAAGAAGAAGGAGAAGAGGGAGGAAAAGCAAACCAAGAAGCCUAGCAGGAGGCUAUGCAGCUCCUGUUUUAAAGGUCUGUUUCGCCGGAGGGUGAGGCCCGGCGGGGUGCCGCAUGAAAAGGAGGUGGAGGAGAAGAUGGAGAUGAAAAGGGUGACGAACGUAGCGUCCGCGGCGUCAGCUCCACGGUUGGGUCAGUUGCGGCGGUAUCAGAGUGGGCGCGAGACGCUUGCCGGUUUUGAUUGGAGAAAGACGAUGGGACAGAACUAUGGAGACGAAGGGGAGGAGGAGGACGAGGACGACGAUGUGUUUAUUCCUCACUCUGCUCCAAUCCUGGUGGGCGGCGGCGCGGUGGCUCUGGAGCCGAAGAAGGAGGUGAAUUUAUGGAGGAGGAGGGACAUGCCUCCUCCACUCCCCCUACAAAUUCAUAAAAAUUGAUUUUUUUUCUUAAUUGAAGAAGAGAGUACCAUGUAAUCCGUGCGUCAAACUCUUAAACUCAUUGGUUCAUGUAACUGUAAUUUUCUUGGUUCAAUGAAUUUUUGUUUCCCUGAA